AUGUUGGAUAGUGCCAGACACAUAGACGUGUUGAGUGAGGAUAGACACAUGCUGAAACCUCACAGGUGGUUUGUAUUGGAGAUUGCCGGACACAUAGACGCGUUGAGUGAGGAUAGCUGCAUACUGAAACCCAACCGGUUGAGUGAUGUUGGAUAGUGCCAGACACAUAGACGUGUUGAGUGAGGAUAGACACAUGCUGAAACCUCACAGGUGGUUUGUAUUGGAGAUUGCCGGACACAUAGACGCGUUGAGUGAGGAUAGCUGCAUACUGAAACCCCACAAAUGGAUUGUUUGCCAGACACAUUGACGCGCUGAGUGGGGAUAGCUACAUACUGA